UGUGGUUCAUGCUACGUUUACAAAUUUUCGGACAGAGCGAUGACACUCCCCUCCCGCCCAGCAUUUGCGGAGCAAUUUCUUCCAAUCAUUAUAUUCUACGAUAGGAUCUACCAAUGCCUCAGUGGAAAUGUGACGUGGCAAAUUUCUAGGGUCAGGGUGAUCGUUUAAAACACGCGUCGGAUAGUUUUAGGACUUAUCUGGGCAUGGCUAUGGCGAACGAUGGAGGAGGCACGGUGGUCUUUGCGAGCGUGGGACGAUCCCACUACGCCUUCGACGCAUUCGCGCUCGACAUCGCCACGCUCAAGGAGGAGGUACUCACCGACGGCGUCUCGGUUAACUUCAAUGCCCAAUUCGUGGAGGACGAUCCGGUCUCUCUGGAGCUCCUGUGCGAACACGAUCCAAUGCCCAAUUAUCACCAGGAGGAGAAACCCAGUGCCGUGAUCUUCGUCUCGGAGCGAACAGGAGCUAGCAACAUCUUCCUCCGCCGCCAGUCGAUCACAAGUAAGUCCGAUCGUGAUGAUCACAGCUCCACGCUCAAGCUCGGCAGCCUCGACGCUGGCGAUGGAUUCCUCUACUGCGAUCGCCCCUGCGUCGCUGGCGGUGGAAGGAUCAUCUUCGCCUCCACCAAGGGCUCGCCGGAAAUCUCGCAGAAUCUCCGCCAGCCUAGCACCGCCAUCUUCUCGGCGUGCCUGAGGAUCGGCUUGACGAGGCGGCUCACUCCCGAGGGCGUCGCGGACUAUAGCCCGGCGCUCUCGCCCUCGAAGAAAUGGAUCGCGGUGGCCUCCAACGCGGGCAAGCCGUGGAACGGCGAGAUCCACGAGCUGGAAACGUCGCUGUGGAUCUUCAAGGCCGAGGAUGGAUCGUCUCGAAAGAUGGUCGUGGAAAGAGGAGGAUGGCCAACUUGGUCGGACGAGAGAACCAUCUUCUUCCACAAGAGAUCCCCCGAGGACGACUGGUGGAGCAUCUACAAGGCUGUUCUUCCGGAGAGUCUGGAAGAUCUCGACGCCGCGAAGAUCGAUCAGGCCGUGGAGCGAGUGACACCACCCGGAGUUCACGCUUUCACCCCGGCAGCGUCCAGGACGAGCAACUGGAUCGUGGUGGCGACUCACAGGAGCAACACCACGUCGCGGCACAUCGAGCUCUUCGAUCUCUCCAAAGGAUCGUUUCUUCCCGUCACCUUGGAACUCCACCCCGAGCUCCACCACUUCAAUCCUUUCGUGUCCGCCACCUCGGACACUCUCAUCGGCUACCAUCGCUGCCGCAACGAUGGAUCCAUCGUCCCAACGCUGGAACACGUCGCUUGCCCCGCGAACAACGACAUCACUCUCGUCCGGAUCGAUGGCGCGUUUCCAUCCAUCUCCAGCGACGGAGCUCUCAUCGCCUACAACACCGACUUCGAGGCCAGCGAUUCCGGAGUGAUGGUGGCCAAGCUCGACGGAUCAAACCGGAAGAGGAUCCUCACAGGCCUGGCCUUCACGACGUGCUGGAACCCAUGCAAGCCUGGGACGAUCUACACCAGCGUCGGCCACAUCUUCGCGGAGGAGCGAGCGAUGGUUCACAUCGUCUCGCUCACUUUCGACGUCACAGCGCUCGAGGAUCACUCCAGUUCUUCGAGUUCUACGCUGGAAUCCAGCGUCAAAGUUCUCAGCAAGCCGGGAACCAACAACAACGCGUUCCCGAGCUGCUCCCCGGAUGGCAAGAACCUGGUGUUUCGAUCCGGGCGCUCGGGCCACAAGAACCUUUACAUCAUGGACGCGGAGCUCGGCGAAGAUGGUGGAAUCCGAGCUCUCACCGAGGGUCCCUGGGUGGACACCAUGCCGUGCUGGUCGCCGGAUGGAAACUGGAUCGCUUUCUCCUCCUCGAGAGACGGUCCCUCCAACGAGUUCUUCGCCAUCUAUCUCGUCCACCCCGAUGGAUCUGAGCUCCACCGAGUUUUCCCGGAGAGCUCCACGAGAGGCCGAUGCAACCACGUUUGCUUCAGCCCGGACUCUCAAACGCUGCUCUUCACGGCUGACUGUGGUGGGAUCUCGGCCGAGCCAGUGUCCCUGGCUAACCAGUUCCAGCCUUACGGAGAGCUCUUCUCGUGCAAGCUUGAUGGAUCCGAGCUCCGGCGAUGGACUCACAACGCGUACGAGGAUGGAACGCCUUGCUGGGGGCCUCUACGCCUUGAUCCUUCCUCCAUCUCCAAGCAAGGCCAGGAACUUCACGCAAACUUCCAGGAUUGUCUCUGGUUGAGCGCCGUGACUGAGAAGAUGAAGCAGUACGCUGCUGCGUAGCGUUCUCUCUUGCGAUUGACAAUAACUUGGCAUCCUCCAUCGCCAAGAGCUUGGUUUAUCGUAUUGGAUACUUGCAUGAACAAGACCCAUGGCUGAACUGAUGAAAGCUUCGAUCGUC